UUCCCCAAGAAAAAAAAAGCCCUUUAAGGCCAGUCCCGUUCAGACUGCGAGUUCAGUUCCCACUCCGGCAGGCUUUGGUGGUGGUUGGCCCAGCUGGGCUCCGAAAGACAAGAAACAGAGCGAGACAAAGUCAGAGCGAGAGGACGGAGACGGACAGAAAAGAACCUUCGAGUUGCGACUAUGAGUCCUCUCGGGAACACUUAACCUUUCCAGUCGCUGACCGGGUGCUGAGCUGACGUGAGAUGGCCUCGGACCGAGUGGCGAGCCCUCAGAGCGGCUCCAGACAGAGCAGCUCCUCGCUCUCCUCGUCCCCAAUGAGCGCCCGCAUGCAGUCGCUCCACGUCGACUCCGUCCAGCGCUGGAUGGAGGACCUCCGCCACAUGACGGAGGUGGAGUGCAUGUGCGUCCUGCAGGCCAAGCCCAUCGGGGUGGAGGAGGACGCCCAGCAGGGGGAGCUGAUUGUGGGCGGAGCCGGGGGCGGGGCCGGCGGCGACCACGUGGCUCGCAACAACCUGCAGACGUUGCUGCGCCGGGCGCUGGUGGUCAGCACCGAGCUGGGCAAGAUGUUCCAGCGGCUGGAGAAGGGCCGCUGGCAGCGCGUCCACAGCACGGCCGUCAGGGCCGACUGCCACGUGCGCUCGCUGGUGCACGAGUACAGCGCCGCGCGCGGCACGCCGCCCGACAUGCAGAAGUAUGAGAAAUCUCUGCUGGAGAAAUGUCUGGAGCUGACCAACAUUACGGAGAGGUGCCUUCACACCGAUGACGAGUUCUUCCUGAAGUCCAUGAGAGAGGCGAUCCACGAGAUCCUCACGGACGUCAGCGACUCCUUCAGCAACAUGAUCGACAUGGCGCUGGCCAAUGAGAUCCGGCUCCUCAUCAAGCAGAUCGACUCGUCGGACAGCGUCCACACCAUCGGCAGCGCCAUCAGCAACCUGCUGUCGCUCACCCAGGACGGCCCUCAGCUCUGCAGCAUCAUCGCCAAGGAAGGAGCUGUGGUCGUCCUGUUUAAGAUCUGCAGGCAGGACCGCUUCAGGGACCUCUACGCUCACGCUCUGAGGACGGUGGCCUCCAUCUGCUGCGUGGAGGAGGGCAUCGAACAACUGGACAAGGUGGACGGGAUCCUGUGCCUGGCGGACAUCCUGACGGAGGACGGCAGCGUGGAGGCGGCGCGGGCCGAGGCGGCGGCGGUGGUGGCUCAGAUCACGUCGCCUCACCACGCGUCCACGCAGCACCUCGCCAGCUUCCUGGAGAGCAUGCACGACAUCGUCACCGCGCUCAUCAAGUUGUGCGAGAGCGCCUCCUGUGGCGAGGUGUUCCUCCUGGCGUCCGCGGCCUUGGCCAACAUCACCUUCUUCGACAGCAUGGCCUGUGAGAUCCUCCUGCAGCUCGGCGCCAUCCGCAUCCUGCUGCAGGCCUGCAGGGACCGCCAGCGGGUGGACACGCCCUACUCCAAAGACCAGGUGGUGACCAUCUUGGCCAACCUGUCCAUCUUAGAGCAGUGUGCCCCUGAAGUCCUGCAGGACCAAGGAAUCGAGCGGCUGCUGCUGCUGCUGGGAGAAAAGCCGACCUCCCCGAGUCCGUCGGAGGGCGCCGCCUGUGAGCGCGUCCAGCAGAAAGCGGCCGUCACCCUGGCCCGUCUGAGCAGAGACCCCGACGUGGCCCAAAUAGCCAUCCAGCUAAAAGCUGUUCCUCGUCUGAUUGAACUGUGUCGCUCCCCCACGGAGAGGAAUAACAGCGACUCGGUGCUUGUCGCUUGCCUGGCUGCCCUGAGGAGGCUGGCAGCGGGGUGUCCAGACAGCAUCGAGGCGAACGACCACCAGCAGCUGAUCAAACCGCGGCUGGUCGACUCGUUCCUGCUGUGCUCCAACAUGGAGGAGAGCUUCGUGUGACGGCGACCGCCCGCCACGCACGAUGUCGCGCACGAUGUCGCGCACGGCGAGCGCCAACGAGCAGCUCUGCUGCAGAACAUUGCGUCUACUUCCUGUCUGGAGAAUUAUCGUCGUCGUCGUCCGAACGUCAUCAAGAGUUUGGGGGGGUGGUGAGUGGAGUGAAGCGGAUUGGACGCAGCAUCCAAAUGUACAUACAUGCGUUGCCCGUAGCGACCACAUUGAAUGCUUUAAAAAAAAAACUUUGUACAAAAUUUAAAAAACGUCACACGAAAUUUAUAUCGGUAUAAUUAUUUAUGAGUAGGUGAAAUUAAAUGAAAGUAUAACCUGUUCUGGAAUGAAAACACUUUAUAUGCCUCCGCCGUGCAAUUUAUUUUAUUGCCCGAUGUCGGCUGUCUGAGAACAUCGUACGAGUGGGCGUGGCCACGGGGUCUAUUUGUACAAUGUGUUGUUUGUUGAAGCGCUUUGUAUGGCACGUUGUUUAUUCCAUUUGAUGUUAAAUAUUAUAUUUGCCACUGGAUAAUGAAUAUAUAUAGAAAUAGCCUUGGGUUUGAAUAUGUACAUGCUUUUUAUUUAAGGAGAAUCACCGUUGUUGGAUGGAAUAAAGGCAAUCGUCUAAUGUU